AUUUCUUUAACUUCUAAAACGCGGCAUUCCCACGGUUCUUUCUUUAUUGUAAAACAAAAAUACUUGUAGCCACCAAACCCACACGUCUUUUCCAAACUAGUAAAAUUCACGAAGAAUCAAAAACCCGUACAACACUCAUUUUCACAAACCCCAGAAACCCAAAAAAGAAGGCGCAGACGUAUAUAGACAGAGACCCAAAAAAACAAAAAUUCAAUUCCCAGUAGAGAUGUUGGAGAUUUGCAGGAAGCCAUUGGAGAGGUGCUUUGGUGUUGGAGAUGGUGGAGAUGGGCUACUUUGGCACAUGGGCUUGAAGCCCCACUCAUUUGGGGACUUCUCCAUCGCUGUUGUCCAAGCCAAUUCCUUCCUAGAAGACCAGGGACAGGUGCUCACCUCUCCUUCCGCCACGUACAUCGGAGUCUACGACGGCCAUGGUGGCCCUGAAGCUUCUCGCUUCAUCACUCACCAUCUCUUUGCUUUCCUUCACAACUUUGCAACAGAAGAGGGGGGAUUGUCGGAGGAAGUUAUCAAAAAGGCAUUUAGUGCCACGGAAGAGGGAUUCUUACAUUUCGUGAAGCGAUCAUGGCCGGCUCAGCCGCAGAUUGCUUCGGUGGGUUCAUGUUGUCUUGUUGGGGCAAUAUCGAAUAAUGUUUUGUAUGUGGCUAAUCUUGGGGACUCGAGGGCGGUUCUUGGCCGCAGAGCAUCACGAGGACAGAUGAAUAGUCCGGUGGUGGCUGAGCGGUUAUCUACUGAUCAUAAUGUUGGAGUGGAGGAGGUGAGGAGAGAAGUCGAGGCACUUCACCCUGAUGAUUCAAGCAUUGUAGUGUACACUCGCGGAGUUUGGCGAAUUAAGGGCAUUAUUCAGGUCUCAAGAUCAAUUGGAGAUGUAUACCUGAAGAAACCUGAGUUUAACAGAGAUCCUCUUUUUCAGCAAUUUGGAUCACCUGUUCCUUUAAAAAGAGCUGUAAUGACAGCAGAACCCUCAAUAGUGAUUCGGAAAUUAAAGCCAAAUGACAUGUUUUUGAUAUUUGCAUCAGAUGGUCUCUGGGAGCAUUUGAGUGAUGAAGCAGCUGUUGAAAUUGUCUUCAAAAAUCCAAGAGUUGGAAUAGCAAAGAGGUUGGUUAAAGCUGCAGUACAGGAGGCUGCAAGGAAAAGAGAAAUGAGAUACGAAGACAUAAAGAGAAUCAAAAGAGGGGUACGGCGCUAUUUUCACGAUGAUAUUACUGUCAUCGUUUUAUAUCUUGAUCAUUCACGAGGUUCUCCAAAUGGUAGACUCGGGGAUGACAGCCUCUUUAACUGCACUAGUACCCCUGUAGAUAUCUUCUCUCUAAAUACCGAUAUGGGUGCAGAUGAUGCAGCAGAGGUCUCAUUUCAUGCUCUCUCCUAAAGUGAAUUGUAGCCCAAUACUAUGCAAUGGUCUUUAUGUAAAAGUUAUAAGCUAUUAUAGAGAUAGGUGCGUCUGGCUGGAAGAAAGGAUACUGUUUCAGAAAUACAUACCACAGAAGAGGGGGGGGGGGGGGCGCUGUACAUAACAUUGAGAAUGAGGGUUCACAGAAUGAAAAGGCUACUGACUUCCCAACUUGGGUUUUUGGCCUCAUUUUGUGUCCCUUUGUUUUGGGGAUUGUUUUUUACUAUUUGUAAAUAAUUUGUUCUUUUUUAUUUUUUGUACUGGAAUUAUAGGUUAAAAUGCAUGAUGAAUUGAAAAAUGCCAUUAAGAUUGACUCA